AUUACAAGACAGACAAUAAUACAUGGUCGUCUUUUUUAAUUCAUUGAGUUCUGUUUAUAAAAGGAAAAGUAGAGAACGAAGAGAAGAGGAGAAGCAAGCAACGCUCUCUUAUUCCUUUGUGGGGUUUUAAUUAUCUUGUCCCUUUGUGUUGUUCUACAAGUAUCUGUGUGAUUGGAGAGACUUUUUCUUAAUGACGGGGAAACGAUCUAAGACUACUUGCAGAUCUGUUUCUCACAAGCUGUUCAAGGAUAAGGCCAAGAACCGUGUUGAUGAUCUGCAAGGCAUGCUGUUGGAUCUUCAGUUUGCAAGGAGAGAGAGCAGCGCUCUUGAUGUGACACUGCUUGAGGAGCAAGUGAAUCUGAUGCUUCGUGAGUGGAAGUCAGAGCUCAACGAGCCGUCUCCAGCAUCAUCCUUGCAACAUCAGGGUGGUGGUACUCUGGGGUCUUUCUCAACAGACAUUUGUCGGCUGCUUCAGCUCUGUGAUGAGGAAGAUGAUGCAACUAACAAAUUAGCUGCGCCCAAGCCCGAGCCUACUGAUCAGAAUCUUGAACCAUAUGGUCCAUUGGCUGAUCAUUGCAAAGAUCCUCCCUUAGUAGUUGGCAACAACUUGGAUGGAACAGCUCAUCUGGAUUACAAUCUGCAACAAGAGUUUGAACCAGACUUCAAUGGUGGUUUCAAUGAUUGUCCUGGUUAUGGUGUAGGGGGUCCUUUGGAUAUAUCUGCUUUCAUCCCAACUAUCUGUCCUCCACCCUCUGCGUUCUUGGGUCCAAAAUGUGCUCUUUGGGACUGUCCCAGGCCUGCUCAAGGACUCGACUGGUUCCAGGAUUACUGCAGCAGCUUCCACGCUGCACUGGCUUUCAAUGAAGGUCCACCGGGUAUGAAUCCGGUUGUGCGUCCUGGAGGCAUUGGUUUGAAAGAUGGUCUGCUUUUUGCUACUCUCAGCGCAAAGGCUGGAGGGAAAGAUGUCGGUAUUCCUGAAUGUGAAGGAGCUGCAACUGCUAAAUCUCCAUGGAAUGCUCCUGAGCUCUUUGAUCUCACGGUUCUAGAGAGUGAGACACUAAGGGAGUGGCUAUUCUUUGACAAGCCAAGGAGGGCCUUUGAGAGCGGGAACAGGAAGCAACGAUCUUUACCGGAUUACAACGGCCGCGGCUGGCACGAGUCACGCAAACAGGUCAUGAGCGAGUUUGGAGGGCUGAAGAGAUCCUACUACAUGGAUCCACAGCCUCUUCACCAUUUCGAAUGGCAUCUUUACGAGUACGAGAUCAACGAGUGCGAUGCUUGUGCCUUGUACAGGCUCGAGCUCAAGCUCGUUGUUGAUGGGAAGAAGAACUCAAAGGGAAAAUUAUCAACCGAGUCAGUGGCUGAUCUGCAGAAACAGAUGAGAAGACUCACUGCUGAGUUCCCUCAAGAAAACAACAACAACAAACGCUGCAUCAAAGGAAGGACUAAAGUGAACACAAAAGUGGCCACUGGAAAUGUUCAGAACACAGUAGAGCAGACCAAUGAGCAUGGAGUAGGUGAAGAGUUUAACUAUCUUGUCGGAAACCUAACUGACUAUUAUGUUAAUUGAGAAGAAAACCUGUUGCUUAGCAUUUAAUCUGGCAGCAGCAGAAGACGCUUCUACAUGACUAGUAUAUUUAUUUCUUAUAUUACUAUAACUAUCUCUAUCCAUGGAGUUUAUAUAUAUAUAUAUAUAUAUAUAUAUAUAUAUAUAUAUAUAUCAAGGAAAUGCAGAAGACUGUCCUGGAGUUUAAGAGCUCGUCUCUUCUAACCCAAAGCAGGAAAGUUAACUGGAGAACAAGACUGUUUUUA